UGUACAGUAAAUUGUUUAUUUUACAGUAAACACAGAAGAAAGCAAUGAUAUGUCAAAAGUCACUGUUACACUUGUGAUACCAAACUUGGCUGUGGAAAAGAAAUUAUUUGGUGCUGCUAAACCAAAACCUGGGGAAUCAGAGGUUGAUGUAAAAUUUGAUACUACGAGCCUUGAGGUGAAUGCAGCUGUAACAAAGAAAGGAAAGACUACAAAAUACCACUAUAAAGUGAAUAAAUUACCUGGGGAAAUAGAUCCUGAUCAGUGUAAAGUUGAGUACAAGAAAGAGAUAGUCAUUCUUACAAUGGGAAAAACGGAUACUACAACUUGGGCUGUGAAGAUGAGAAAUGGACUGGACCAGGCACCUUCAGAAUAGCCUCUCACCCAAAAACAAAAUGGAAUUCAGUUAGUCUCAAACCCAAAACAGAAAAAAUCCAAUUCUUGUUAUUUAAGUUUUGUUUGUUAAAUAUAAAAAAGGUCAUGCGCUCAGACAUACGUCACAUUAUUGUUAUUACAGUUUACAAUAGAAGGUCAAAAUUUAUAGGACAUUAUCAUGUAAGAUGAUGUUAUUGUUUGUUUUAUUUUUGUUAUAAUUCAAGUAUAACGAAAUUUCUUAUAUUUUACGCAAAUGUUUUCUGUUUGACUAACUGGCAGAAAGCUGAUGUACAUAUUUUACAGUCAAUACCAGUUUUUAUGUUAGAAACAUACACCUAGAUCUCUUUUUGAGAUCUUUGUUCUACUUUUUAUUUACAAUUUAUUAUUUUAUAAAUGAUAGUAUACUUUAAGUUUUUCUGAAAUAACAUAAACUGGAGGUUUUCCCCUUUAAGAGAUGAUCUGCUUUUAACCCAAAAGUAUUGAAUUGUAUUAUGCUUAUGUGAUUAACACAAACUACCUAUCACGCAUAUGUUUUUAAGUGUUCAUUGUAUAAUGUGUUCUUAGUGUAAAGCAGGGUCUUUUGAACUUAGACUUGGCAAGUAAAGAAACGUGUAACAAAAACUAUCUGGCUUCAAAUUAACUUUCAUUAAGUUGUGAAUUUAAAGGGCAUAAGGUUUUUUGGAAUUAUUAGGAAGAAAAUUUAUUUUAAACAAUGGCGGCUUCUUGGCUGGAGUCCUAAGACAUAGAUGCAUGGUAUAUUUUCGGCUCCUUUAGCCCAGUAUAUAGAUGACAAGACUGUACCAUCAAAAGGUCUUGAGGUCAACUGACACUGAAUUAAGUGAAUACUUUUUGUUGUGAUUUCACUGAUAAUAAUGUGUCUGAAGUCAUAAAAUUGUCUUUUUCCUCUCAUCUUUCAAGUCAAGUUUGGAAGUUGUUAGUAAUUGCUGGAGAACAAGUCUGCGCUGGUAUUAAAUCAUGGAAUAAGUCUGUACUGGUACUAAAUCUGAGAACAAGUCUGUACUGGUACAAAAUCUGGUAACAAGUCUGUACUGGUACAAAGUCUGAGAACAAGUCUGUACUGGUACAAGUCUGUACUGGUACAAAGUCUGAGAACAAGUCUGUACUGGUACAAUGUCUGAGAACAAGUCUGUACUGGUACAAAGUCUGAGAACAAGUCUGUACUGGUACAAGUCUGUACUGGUACAAAAUCUGGUAACAAGUCUGUACUGGUACAAAGUCUGAGAACAAGUCUGUACUGGUACAAGUCUGUACUGGUACAAAAUCUGGUAACAAGUCUGUACUGGUACAAAGUCUGAGAACAAGUCUGUACUGGUACA